GUUUGAAAUCGAAUCUGGUAAUUUCCAUUUUGACCUAAAUCUACCAAGUAUGUCUGACGUCUGGCAACACGAGGAAUCGUUCGCCGUCACGAACGCGCAUAUGCUGGGUGCUCACGCAUUAUGUGAUGUUACUUUCAUAGUGGGGGAGGAACAACAGGAAGUGAGGUGUCACCGGUUCAUGCUGGCCAGCCGAUCUCCGGUGUUCUACACGAUGUUUUGUGGCUCUCUUCCGGAAGUCAGCUUUGUGGAAAUACGUGAUGUGGAGGCAGACGUCUUCAGAACAGUCGUCAGGUUUAUGUAUACGGGAGAAAUCCAGUUAAUGCCUGAUUCCGUCAUGGCAACGAUGUACGCUGCAAAGAAAUACGACAUUCAACCCUUGACAAACCGCUGCAAGACGUUUCUUGAAAAGGAAAUUAAAGUAGAAAACAUCUGUAUCAUCCUUGACCAAGUUCGAAGAAAAGGAUUUGAUUCAACGAUGCAAGUUCUUCGUAUCAGAACACACUCGCUUAGUGUUUCAAUCUGACACAUUUUUUAUAAUAUCUUCGGAAGCCCAUAGGUUGGUGUUUGAGGCAGAAAUGGAGACACCAAAACUACCACCAGAAGAAGUGUAUGCAUCAUGUAAGAGAUGGCGAAACAGACCUGUUCUACAUCUGGAAACGAGGUGACUGACCAGGCACUCAGACGACAUCUUGGGGACCUGAAGCUUCUAGUCGAUUUGCUUGUAUGACAUUCGAAUCGUUCGCUGACAACGUUAUGCAGGAAACAUUUUGUCGGACAAAGAAAAAGUCAUGUUCCUGACAGGUAUAAGGCAACGUCAAAAGACAGAAGGAAAGCUUUUCUUUGUUGAGAGAUUUUCUGAAAGAUUUACACAACCAUAUACUCACGGUGGUUCUCAAGACGGAAUUAGCUUUAAAACUUCAAAAGCUGUGAUACUUUGCAAUGUAGCUCUUUACCUUCCCCUUUCAAGGAUAGGUUUAACUGGCCCGUUGGAAAUUCUUGAGGACCAGACGGUCGUGUCGGCCCAGAAUGUUACUCUUUCUUACAAGCAAAACGAAAAGUAUGAGAAUAUACCUCUUUCAAAUAAAGUUAACAUUCGCACUGGUGUUAUAUAUUCGGUGCGCCAGAGGCUAACAGGAGGUGACUCGGGCAGUGGAAAAACAUACAAAAGGAAGCAGGCAUUUCAUGGUGUUGAAGUCGACUUUAUGAAUCUACAUGCUGGAAUGUCAAGUAAUCAAACCGACCUGGCUCGAUAUUAGGUUUUAACCUUCAAAACAAUUUGAAAUUUCAAUUUAUGCAAAUGAUUCCUUUUGACGAUAUUUUUGCGACAUUUAACAAUAUAUCAGUGUCUUCCCUCAAACAAUGUAAACCAAUGUAAACCAACAAUAACAAUGAAACGUUUAUAAAUUUCGUUGUAUUUGUAUAAUCUGUUAAUUUAUGCAAAUGCUAAUCCAAUGUUAAGUGUAAUAAACAGUUUUUAUUGAGUGAUAUUGACCCAGCAGUGGUUAGCUAGUUUCAUCCCUGUUGUCACAAGUUUUAGUUUCUUGUAUAUACAUUUGUUCCCUUGGUCAAUUAAAAUGUGUGCCGUAUGUAAACGUUUUGUUGUUAUAGUUAUGUUGUCGCAGAUAUUUGUGUUUUUGUGUUUUUGUCUUAAUUCUUUUCUCGUAUAUAGGUUGUAGUACUGCAAAUUUUAAGAGGUGUAGAACAUAAAAAGAGGUAUUAUACUUUUUUCAGUUGAUAUUAAUUUGUGUGCUAUUUGUAAACGCUGUCGGUUUUGCUACAGGUGGUAUUUUAUGUUCUUUGCUAUUAUUUCUAGGGAUGCAAACGAAUAUUCGAAUAUUCGAAUUUUCGAUCGAAACGUUUGGUAUUCGAAUGUCAAAAUAGGUAUUCGAAUAUUCGAUGUUUUUGUUGAAAUAAUAAAUUAAUACACGUUUUGCC